AUGCUGCCGCUGCUGCCGCUGCUGCUACCGCUGCUGCUACCGCCGCUGCUGGCGGAGGGGCGGCGGGCCGCCGUGCUCAGGCUGGGGCUGCGGGGUAGACCCCUUGGGGAGGUGAGCCCGGCUUUCCUUUCUCUCACCCUGGACGCUAGCCUGGCCCAGAACCCGCGAUAUAUCGCCUUGGUCAGCAAUGCCAAACUGCGUGCCCUAGCAACAGCCCUGUCCCCAGGGUUCCUGAGGUUUGGCGGCACCAUGACAGAUUUUCUCAUCUUUGACCCCAACAAGGAAUCUACUUCAGAAGAAAAAACUCUCUGGGAAUUUGAGACACAGCAAGAGGCUUGUGGCUUGAGGCCUGCAUUUGCUGCUGUUGAGAAGGUUCUGCUGGCCCAGUGGCCCAGCCAGGAGAAGCUGAUUCUUGCCGAGUAUAACCGGAAAAAGCACAAAAACACCACUAUUACAAGGAAUACACUGGAUAUUCUCUACAGCUUUGCAAACUGUUCAGGGUUUCAUCUGAUAUUUGGGCUUAAUGCCUUGCUGCGGAAAGAUGGCUUGCAGUGGGACAGCUCAAAUGCCCAGGUGCUGCUGGACUACUGUGCCUCGCAGGGUUACAACAUCUCCUGGGAGCUUGGGAAUGAGCCCAAUAGCUUCAGGAAGAAAUCCGGCAUCUACAUCGAUGGCUUCCAGCUGGGGCAAGAUUUUGUUCACUUACGGGAACUUCUGAGUAGCUACACCCUCUACCGGCACGCGCAGCUCUACGGUCCUGACGUGGGGCAGCCCCGAAAGCACACGCAGAGCCUGCUGAGAAGCUUCCUGAAGUCGGGAGGGAAGGUGAUCAACUCAAUCACGUGGCACCAUUACUAUGUGAAUGGACGAAGUGCAACGAGGGAGGAUUUCUUGAGCUCCGAAGUGCUGGAUAGCUUUGCCACAGCUGUACAUGAAGUCCUGGAGAUUGUUGGUGGGACUGUGCCCAAUAAGAAAGUCUGGCUAGGAGAGACAAGUUCUGCCUACGGAGGGGGAGCUCCCAGGCUGUCCAACACUUACGUUGCUGGCUUUAUGUGGUUGGACAAGCUCGGGCUCUCAGCCCAGCAGGGGAUUGAUGUGGUGAUGAGACAGGUUUUCUUUGGGUCAGGGUCCUAUCACCUGGUGGAUGUCAACUUUGAACCUUUGCCGGACUACUGGCUCUCACUGCUCUACAAGAAGUUGGUGGGUACCAAGGUGCUGCAGGUCAGCCUGGAAGGAGCUGACAAGAGGAAGCUCCGCGUCUACCUCCACUGCACAAACACCCUCCAUCCAAAGUACAGAGAAGGGGACGUGACACUGUUUGCCUUAAACCUCUACAACGUUACCCAACAUUUGCAGCUACCAAAUUACUUAUCCAGCAAGCAUGUGGAUCAGUACCUCUUACUGCCUCAUGGCAAAGAGAAUAUACUUUCCAGGUCUAUUGAGCUGAAUGGCCGUGUGCUGCGGAUGGUGGAUGACAAAACGCUGCCAGAGCUCACAGAAAAACCCCUUGGUCCUGGCAGUGUACUCGGCCUUCCAGCCUUCUCUUAUGGCUUUUAUGUUAUCAAAAAUGCCAAAGCUAUUGCUUGCAUUUAAAUGGCUAAUACACAUGCACAGGGUAAAUGGAAACCACCUGGCCAGCAGGGAAGUUUAAUCCUAGAAAGUCAUGUUUCUACUGUGAGAUUUAAUUCUAGCAAGGGAUGCAAAUGUGGCAGUGGUAUGAUCUGUGGGCUGGGGAAGAUACAUGGUCCUUUUGGGUGAUUUGUACAUGCAAGAUGCUUUUUAAGCUCCUGGGAGAAUUAGCCAGGCAGAGCAAGUCCAGGCAGGGGCUGCUUUUGCUCUUGGUCCAGCCUGGGUCACUGCGCUGAAGCACAAGGCCGUUCUACACACCACAGAGGGAACUGCAUGGACUUCUGAUGGUGUGCUUGGAGCUCUGCCGGCCGGGAACUGCAGCCUCCCCUCUCCUCGAUUCUGCAAGCACAGCUCUUAAAGCAGGUCCUUCAAACACUUGCCUUGAGAAAGAACAAGCAGAGUUUUUAUUUUAGCUGUACAGCUGUGACUUUGUCUGCACUAUGUGUUAAGCUUGAGGAGGGGUUGUGCUUGGUUGCUGAGGACAUCUCGGGGCAAAAAGUGGGGACACGCAAAGCAAACCGAAGCCGGGGUGCCUACAGGGGAAAACGUUUUGCCGAGAAACAAGGUCCCUCCGUGGGAUUUGGGGCAGCACCGCACGUUUUUCCCCAGCUAGGCGAGUUCGGUCACAAGAUGGAGCUGUGGCCACAUGCUUUUCAACGGUGAGUUUUUGGCACGUGAAUUGCAGGCUGUUCUGCAGGGUGAUCUCCCUCUGCCCUCACACACUCCAUCCCCGGGAAGGAAGGAAAGGAGCCCACCAGCACCCCAGCAGAUGCUCGGUGUCAGGGGGCAGCACAGCGAGGGCUCGCAGCUCUUCACCCUUCCCCACCCUGCACCGUCCAGAUGGAAAGGACUUCCCUGAACAGAUCUGCAGGGCAAGCACUGCUUUACACUCCCUAACUCACUCAGGUCACUCCUGUCCUCGAGGAAUCGGGAGAGUAAAGAGAUUGAGCAAACCCCUCAACCAUCAGAGAGACACAGGUGGCCACAGAGCAUCCUGGGGACAAACCUGCCUGGCCAGGCUGACAUCCCUCCCACUGGGGAAACAGCCGUUUUUACCAAAAAUCUGUGUUAGCAGUGGCUUUUGUCCCCAGCCGUGCCCCCCUUCCCGCUGCACACCGCGCUGCAGUCGGGUGUGCCUGGGCCACGUUCCUCUGGCACACGUGCAGCUCACUGUCCCCGAGGGUACCUGUGGCCUCUCGAGUCUUUUAUUUGCAUCUGUUUUUCCUGAAGACACAUAUAUAUCCCCUGCCACUGCCAGUGCCUUAUGACAUUGUGAGCACAGCAGGGGAAAACACCACCACGCCACUGUAUUUCCCUUUUUUAACCUUUAAAAGGGUGCUGCCAGCUACACGGGGUUUUAAUGCAGGGCAGGGACCCUUUUUAAUGGAUCUUUAAAAACAGAUAUACUUUUACUGCUGUGAUGAAAAAUUGCACAAUAAAAGUUUAUAUUUAA